AUGACUGGUAAUGAGACCGUUUCAAGUGAACCAGCCAGCUCCGCUGCUCCUCCCUCUGAUCCGUCAGUGGCUCCUGCAUCUGAGAGCGGUCGAGAGCGGUUGGGAACGGCGAACGGGAGAAAGUGGGCGGUGCAUCACUGGCAGCAGGUGCAGGUGCAGCUGGUGGCAGCAGAGGAUGGGGCAGACCUACGCAUGCCCCCGCUGCUGCUGUGCCGCGCUGACAGCGACAAAGACACCCUCGCCUCCUCCCCUCACUCCCUCUCCCUCACUUCCUCCCGCCACACUGCUGCUGCUGCUGCUUCUGCUGUUGCGGCCCAGCCCAUCCCUGUCUCGUUCCCUCUGCCGUUUCCGUUCGCAGCAAAGGAAAAGGAAUUGGCUGCUCUGGCUGUUGCUGGGGCUGCUGCUGAGGCCGCUGCUGCUGCUGCAGGGAGUGCUAAGGGUGGCUCUGGCGGUUCGGCAGGCUCAAAGGCCGCUGCAGGCUUGGGAAGUGGCUCGGAGCUGGUUCGGUUUAUGGCGGAGGCUGAGGGAGGGGCGAACGGCACAGAUAGAGCUUCUGGUGGGGAAGCAAGUAGUUCGGAAAACUUGCUUGUAAAUUAUGAGGAUGCUGCUACUAACGAGGAUGAGGAAGGCAGCAGCAGCAGCAGCAGGAGUGGUGCGGGCAUGGGAGCAGUGAGCAUCUGCCUGCGCCCCGUGCACAAACGCCAAAUGUUCUCAGACAACGUUGCUGUCUCAGACACACGCCUGCUGGAGUGGAUCGACGCGUGCCUGCUCAUGGGAGUGGAUCGCAUCUAUGUGUACGACCGCUACGCCACGCACAUACGCGCGCUGCUGUGGGAGUAUAUAGCUAGAGGGCAGGUGGUGCACGUGCCGUUCCCCAACUGGAGCGAGGUGUUCUAUCGCCAGGCGCAGUACGAUGGCAGGGCCAAGAAGCCCUACGCGUUCCCAGACAUAUACGACCAGGUGAUCGCAUUUGAGCACUGCAUGAUGCUGGGGCGGAGGUUCGGCGACAGGUGGCAGCUGCAGAUAGACAGCGACGAGUUCAUCUGGUACCACCCUCAGGCCGGGGGUUUCCUGAAGCCGCUUCUAGCUCGGAUAGAGGUCAACCACGCCAAGGCACCAGGCAGCAGGCAACCACUACGGGCCAUUCCGAUGAGGAGGUUCAACUUCUGGGGAGUGAAGAAGGAGUCACGCGGUGAUCCCGUGUCCGACAGGCUGCAGUGGCGGUGCAGUGAGCCCAUGUGGCACACCAAGACGUGGGUCGGCUGGCACGACAAAGUAGCCGUCAACCCGCAGACGCUACUCCCCUACUCUAUAUCCAUCCACAACACGUUUUCCCCUCCGGAAGAGAUGGCAACAGCACCCCCCUCCAUACUCCAUCUGAACCACUACACAUCCCGGGAGGUGGAUCUCAAGGAGCCGCCCUGCAACGCCACAGUCAAGCCUAUUGAAGACCCCAGCCUCUUCUGGGCCCGCAACCGCACAAUGGAGUGCAAAGCGGUGCGGUGCGGUGGCAGUGGUGAAACCCCUGUGGAGUGCUGGCCUUUCUGCCAGCUGCCAUGGGCGGGUCAGUAG